CUGUUUACGCGCUUUGAAGAUGUCUGGGUUUCCGAGGAAUCUAUUGCGCAGAAACGUGUUGGACUCCAAAACCUGAUGCCUGUGUUGAAUGAUGGUGAUCUGCCUGCUAGACAAGCUUGUGACGGUGAUGUCUUUGCAGGCUCGUUGUCUAGAAAGCUACAGAAGUUGAUGUUAAGAAUGAAAGGCGAGCAUAUGAGUGAAGAUGGCCGCAGUGUUGACUACCGCGCAUUGAGAAAGUCUGAAGUGUUUAAGGAAUAUCAAGAAAAGACGCUACUCCUGCGGACUGUUGACAUACGGUCUUUGCAAGAGAACGAUCGGCUAGCUUUCUAUAUUAAUGUGUACAAUGCUUUGGGUCUUCAUGGGUUGGCCAUACAAGACAAGCCACUCAACAGUGUGCUAGAAGUCGACUCUUUCUGGAGCAGUACAUGUUACAAUAUCGGUGGUCAUGUUUUCUCACUCGACGACCUAGAGCAUGGAAUCCUCAGAGGUAACCGACCACAUCCUGCCACUGGUCGUGUUUGUUUUCAGCUGAACGAUCCUCGAUGUCAAUUCUCAGUACAUGUUGUCGAUCCUCGUAUACAUUUUGCACUCGUGUGUGGUGCCAAGUCUUGUCCGCCGAUUCAAGUUUAUUCUCCAGACAACUUAGAUCGAGGUCUACAAGCAGCCGCUCGGAGUUUCUGUGAACAAGAGAUAGACAUAGAUCUUCCAAGCAAGAUGGUCACAUUUUCUAAAAUAUUUCAAUGGUACGGCUCAGAUUUUGGUGACAGUCCGAGAGAAAUUUUGUUAACAUGUCUGCCAUACUUGUCCACAGACAAACAACAUGCGGCAAAGCAAGUGAUAGACGAUCCAGAAAUGACCGUCAAUUACAAAGAAUACGACUGGUCACUGAAUGAAAAAUUUGAUGGCAAGUUGUAGAGCCGACAGACUGUCAGAGUUGUCUAAUGUACAAGGCAUCUUGUGUAGGCAUAAUAUUUUUGUGUAAAGCAAUAAUAAUGGAACAAAACGUAUGCAAACAGUUUGCGAAAGCCAGUAAAUUAUAUCAAAAUUCGAUGUAACCACUUGAUAACAUCCUCCUGGUAGGGAUUAUUAUGGUCAUGAGUUUCAUGAACAUUUGUCUUUCCUAAUGUUUUAAGAGUUUCGUUCUAUCUGUUGUA